GUUUGCAUUUCGCUCAUUCAUUCAAGUUGUGUUCCCAUGGAUGACAUAUGAAAUGCUACCUAAACGCCACGCAUCCUUCUUUAUCAACUCACAUCUAAUUUAUAUCCCGAAUGGUUAACCACAACAAAAAAACAGCGAGAGAGAAAGAGAGAAAACGAGCUUGGAUAGUAAAUUAAUGCUGCAGAGUCUAGUUGUGCCACAGGCAGGCUACAGCAGUACAUGCAGCAGGCAGGCUGUUGCAUUGCAUCCCCAGUAAUGGAGUUCGACCUGGAGAACCCGCUCACCAGCUCCGAUUCGGAACUAGACUCUGUGUCGGCCCUCUUCUCCGCUGAGUCGGAUCACAUGAGCUCACUCACCACAGCACUCGACCUUCACUCCCGCCGCCAAGCCAUCUCUCUUAUCCUCCAGGUCCAGGCGCAGUGCGCGUGCAAUGUGGACCCUUUCAUGGCCUAUCUUGCAAUCAACUACGUCGACCGGUACCUCGCUCGCCAUGAAAUCCCGAGAGAA